AUGGUUCUCAAACUUUUAACUGCAAUUUGUCAAGAAACCAACACUAGAAAAGAGGCAAUUAAUGAUCCUAUUUUAAAAUUACCGGGUCCGGUAUUAUUGAGUACAUUCUUUCGUAUGUCAUUUCUACUACGUGAACUAUGGACUGAAGAACUAACAGCCGAAGAAAACUUAAGAAUACACCCAAAUAUAUUUUAUUUGGAAAAUUACAAUUUUUUUGGAAUUGAACGAAUUGGAGGCACAUUUUUCUAUUUGAAAAACACAUAUAAUGAAAAUAUAAAAUCGAAACUAGGACCUCCGUUCGACAGUCGAAAUGAGGAUGAUAUCGAAAGUAAUAUUCUUAUGAGUGAUGUAUUUAAUCAUGGUAACAGCCCUGURUGCAUUAAUGUGAUUUUGAUAUCCCAGCGAUUGUAUUUAUAAGUCUCAAAUGUGACAUCACAUAACUACUACUAURUGAUUUCCAAUAGUGUCAUGAAUAGAAUAUUAUCAUUUGAUCAUUUGCCAACCGAAAAAAUGCAUAUAUUUUCUGUGCUACUGAACAAUAUAAUGUGCUUAUAUCACGUUGCUUGUCAUAAGCAAUUAAUUGAAUAUGUAGCUUUCAAAGACAGAUUAGUCGAUUUAUCGAUAGAUUAUGCUAUCAUAGAUUAUGAAUUAAAAACUACCAACGAAGACACGGACAUGUUGCAGCACACCCUUAAGGAAAUUGAAAAAAAAGUAUGUUUAUCCACGAGGCAUGUAUCCUGGCUGAUGUGUUUGAUAUUUGUAGGCGAAAAUGAACAAAUUUUAGAAUGGAUUCUCUCGAUCGUUUCGAAUACAAUAAAGCAUUGUUCUAACAAUGAAGAUGAAUUGUUCAGAUUCGUCCCAGAAUUUUAUAUAGAUAACCUAAUGGGGUUAGCUGUUCUAUUACCUGAUUACACAAGCGUAAUACAGAAGUUUGAUACUAUUAUAGUUGAUAAAAAAUGGUUAGCCAUGUCAAUUGCUGAAAUACUUCUUGACAUUUUCAAYGAUCAUAGAAUAAUUCAUCCAAAAACCAAAGAAAUAAUUAUACAAGGAGUUACUUUAUAUUUGACUAAUCCUAAAUCAGUUGUUACUCUCCAAGCAGUYGAAGAAAGAUUUAAGUCUGGGCAAAUUUCCAAUAUUCCAGAAAUUACAGAUGUAUUAAUUUCAGAUCCAAAUUUUAAUUUGGCAUCAUUGGACUUUAUUAUAUUACCAGAAAUCGAAAAUGAUGAACCAUUUUCCUUCAGUUUUUUAAGACCACCUGCUACCGUGCUUCAAAAUGACAUACGAACGGUUAUAGCUCAUGACAAAGAAACAGCGUCCAAUUUUAUCAACAACUCUUUGAAUUAUCUAAACUGGGCUUUUUCCGAGUUCAUAAGUCUAUUCCAAGAAAUAAAAGAUAUAAACGAAAACAAUUCUUUUACAAUUUCGUCAGAAGAAGUGAACAAGCUGAAAAUGUGUGGUAAAAGUUUUAUUUACACUGUAACAUUAUUACGUAUUAUUGAAAUGAUGAUUCAUUUUGACCGUAAUAUUAUAACUGAUCAAGAAGGAUCACUUGGUAGAGUCUUUCAGUUAAUAUGUCAAAUUCUCAAUCGCAUAAAUGCCUCAUCUUCUACGUUUAGAAAAAUUUCGGAGUCAUCAUUACCACAUAUGGAAUGUGUACAUAAGUUUACAAUUCUUGUAGCUACAACUGGUGUUUUGUUAUCUAUGUUAGACGGCGAAAUAAAUAAAAAGGAUAAAACUUAUUUCACUGAGGAAGAACUCAAAAAAGUUGGUGAUAUGUACAAACAUUUGGAUUGGUACAUGAGGCGCCAUAAAUCUAUGGCUUCCAGCAUAAAUGAGGAGGAUUUGUGUAUAAUAUGUUAUUCAAAUAAGAACAAUGUGACUUUGAUACCGUGUAAACACCAAUGCUGCAAGUGAGUUCAUAUUCAUAUUUUAGUCAACUUAAUAGUUACUAAAGUUCAUAAUAAUUUUAAAAGUCCUAACAAUUUUACUCAAUACUCAUUACAACUUAUAACAGUUAUUUUAAUAUGUUAUAAUGUUAUGUAA